UGAUGUCACAAGCUUGCUGUUCCGACCAUAUAGAUGGCGCUGAUGCAUAACUGUCCCGUGUCUAGUAAAGGAGAGAGGACUAUCUAUUUCAGUCUUUAUGUAUGGGCGCAAUGUGCACGGUGUGUGUUGACAAAAGUAGGAGACCAAUCAAUCAGUGGAAAACCACACAUAUUUAGUUCCGUUGAAGUGGAAUACAGUUUUUGUAGGAAAAAUGUCGGGGGGCAGAAUGUGGAGCACAGAAAGUACUUGCAAAUUAAUAGAAUUGUACAGAGAGCAUCCAUUAUUAUGGGAGAGUAAACAUAAGCACUACAAAAAUCAUUACAAGAGAGCCGAUGCAUUGAAGGAGAUUUGUUUAGCAUUAAAUAUAGACUCCAUUGAUGAUGUGAAAAAGAAAAUAAAGAAUAUCAACACUCAGUAUACGAGAGAAAGAAAAAAAUACAAGAAUAUGAGAAAAUUGGGGGCAGGUAAACAUUUUGUUGCGAAAUGGUUUGGAUAUGAACUGCUAGGUUUUUUGAGAGACAAAAAUAAGUCUCCAAACAGCCUGCAAGCUGGAUCUUCAACAGAAACACACGAAUCUGACUCAUCACAGUCGUCAUUAGAUGGAACUGAAGCAGAUGCCACUGGGAAUAUAUCAAGAGAUAGUAAACCGACAAUCAAUUUUUCGAAAACUUCUGAAAAGGCUAAGAUAAACAAGGCUGUUAAACGGAAGGAUAUAUCGCAAAAUGUAGAGCGUAGGAAUGAAGAAGUCUACAACAUAAUGACUCCCUUACAAAAGGAUCGGCACGAAAAAUCCCAAAAUAAGCCAGAUAAAUUUGACAUAAUGGGUGAAUUGGUAGCUCAAAAACUGAGGGGUCUACCCACACUUUAUGCUCAGUGCACAGUAGAACAUUUAAUCCACAAUCUAUUAUAUGACGCUGAAAUGGGGAAGUAUAAUAGUGAACCCAGUAAGCCACCAUCAUCUCAAGUACAAUACCACUCGCACUUAAAUCGACUCAACGUCGACACGUCUCAGUAUAAAUCAGACCAAGAAAGAGAAGGAAAUUGAACUUUUUAAUGGAAGAACAAGAAUACCUUUUUUAUUUUUUUUUAGUUUUGUAUGCAUGCGUUAAUGAUAACUCUUGUAUUAAAAAUUAGUUUCAUACAGUAAAUAUGGCGUUUAUUUUAGAGCGUAUUACCAUAAAAAAAUAAUUACAAAAGUUACAUAGGUAUACGUUUACAUAACCACUGAUACUGUUAAUUGAAGCUUCACAUACUUCAGGUAUUAUUACAGAUAGUGACUGCUUUGAUACUUUUGAAAGAUACAUUGGGCUGUGGUUAAAGUUAUUGCUAACCUUUCUGUUACACUUCUGCAGUAAGUAUGUCUUUUGGCAACUGCAGGACCAACAAGACAUAUCAGAUUCUCGAAAUCUUCGGUGGACAUUCUUGGAAAAUUCUUAAAGUUUGAACGAAUCUCACCACUUAGUCCAAUAUUAUCAUCACGCAACUGAACUUACAAUUUAUUUAUGAAUAACUUUGAGUGAACUGAGUAGCUCGCGGAUGACGUUGCCGGUCCCAAACCCGGAUAAAAGAGGAGGAUUCAUAGGCCAGGUUAGCACCCUACCUAAGGUAACAAGUACUGAAGGCUCAUAGAAGCGCAACCAUGCUUCGGAUUAGGACUGAUCACAAGAUGACGACCCAAAGCAUAGGUUAACAAACUGGAAGAAAAAAAUUAUUAUACGAUUCGGAUCCUGGAAUGCGAAAACAUUCAAUUGCAAAGAUCAAGAAACACUAAGCGAGUUAAUAGAUAAUAAUAUUGAUAUUUGUGCCCUACAAGAAACUAAGAUCAAGGCAUUAUGAAGGCUACACUGUAAUCCACAGUGGUGGAGAAAAACAAGAAAGAGCAAAAGAGGAUGUAGCAAUAGCGGUUCACAACAAAUACUAAAAAACCAUCCAAGAAUGCCCUCACGAAUAUUGACAGUUAAAGUAGUCGCAGAAGACCAACAGCUACCAAUAAUAUAGAUAUACGCACCGGAAGAUAAUCAACCUAAAAAUGUAAGAGAGGACUUCUUUAAUCAACUGCACGAUAUUAUUGAAUCUAUUUCACACAGCCAACCAACAAUAAUCCUCGGCGACUGAUUCCCGGCAUAAAGCAGACGUUUAACGAAAAUACACUAAAUAAUAACGGACAACUCAUGCUUACCUUGUGCUCACUCAAUGAAUUGCGCAUCAACAAUACUUUCUUCGAGCAUAAAUAAUAAUACAGAGUCUUGCGAUAGCUUUACUGCGAGUAGGACGUGCUCGGCGGAAAUCCGUAUAUCGAAUUUCAAUCGAACGAAUUCCAAUCGAAAAAAGUCUGUCGGUAUAAAAUUUAAUCGCUUAUCGGCCAGAGUAAACAGCGAGAAAACCAAAUCUGCUCUUCCCAGGCCACAGACAUGGACCCUGGGAGCUCACAGAAGUCUGAGUUGGUCCGGGCCUCAGAAAGGGUUUUUUCUAAAACCCAAAUCCAAAAAAGAGGUCGAAAACCGAAGUCUGACACCACCUCACCAGCAACACCAACUCCAGCAGCCAAAAAACCAGCUAUUCUUGCCACCACAAGAGCAACAACAACAAAAACAACAUCAACUCCAACAUUGCAACCACAACAACACCAACGCUACUACUAUACACACCCUCUCAGUAGAAGCUCCAAUUACAACAUCCAGAAUCCAGCUGGCCCCCGAAUGGGAAAAGGUAAAUGACACCAAAACAACACAAGCGCUUCAGCUGUUGAUUGAGUGGGGUCUCAUAACAUCCUACAAGAUGCUCCACAGCAACACCACCACAACUCCCCAAGUCACCAACCGACCAAUAUCACCUUCCUAUUUGGUGGUGGCCACCGGGGUUGAUCUGGAAAUCUCAGACGAGAUGUUCCUGCAGCAACUCCGGGAACAGAACUUUACCAUCAGGUUCUGUAAACGCAUAAUCUCACGUCAACGAGAUAGACCUACACUGAUGGUGAGGCUCAUAACGGGAGACGUAAACACCUAUGAGAGGCUAAUGGGGGAGCGCUCCGUCCACUUCCUGGGACGAGUGUUCAAAAUAACAGAGAGCAAACCACCAACGCCCAUUCCCGCUCCAUGUGGCCGGUGUGGCCUGUUCAACCACCGUAGAGAAGACUGCAGGGAAACCAUCAAGUGCGGCAGAUGUCAGGGACCACAUCCAACGAUAUCAUGUGAGUCCCCUCUCCCAGUUAAGUGUGCAGCAUGUAAUGCUGAGGACCAUGCAGCAUGGAGCCUGCGAUGCCCUAAGAGGCCAACUGUUCCUAUCGAAGGCAUUCCUACUGUAAAAAUAAAGUGCCUCAACAAAAGAGCAGCCGAGAUGUCGAUUUUGAUAACCGCUCAAGGCAGGGUCCAUUCACCUAUUACGACGACCCACGAUUAUAUUAUUAACAAAUACAAACACCAGCUGAACAAAACCACUAACACCAACAGGGAAGAGCUACUCAAAGAAAUGGGAAAGCAAUUCGAUGAUGAUUUCAACAUCGACACCUCGUGGUCUUUUUUGGCACUCAUAUAUACAUACUUAUGAUUGACAUGUUACUCCCUAAUAGCAGCUCCCAUACGGAACCCAGAGAGCAACUAAAACAAACAAUUACAAACAUAGACCCUUCAACAUGAGACUACUUUACGAGAACGUCAACGGACUUAACAGCUUAAACGACCUGAUACACAUAUUUCUGACAUACAUACACCCACACUCCAACCUAGAGCAAAACAUACUGACCAAAGCAAGCCUCUAUAAAUAUUCAAUAAUUAUAGGCGACUUUAAUUUGAAUUCAAACAAAAUGAAACAGCUUCAAAUAUUUUUACAAAAUUCGGACUAUGAAACGGUACACCCCACCAACUUUUCUGAUGACCGGAAAUCCAAAUUCAACACCAGACGUUCUACUGCACACAAGAAACUUAACAAACACCAUCAACGACAUAAAAUUAACCAACGAACUUGGAUCCGACCACCUUGCUAUUACGUUUAACAUAGACUUACAACAUACGCAACCUACCUUCAGUACACCUCCUAUAGAGAAAAAGUUAAACCUAACAAAGACUGACAUAUACAAAGUGAAACAACAUAUACAUGACUACAUUCAAUCGCAAGCACAGCCCAUUUCAUUAGAAACCAUACCAGAAAAAC